CCGACGCGGCCCGGCCCCCGAGCGCAGCGGGGGGAGCGGCGCCCGCCCCGCUGCCCGGCGCCGGGAGCGCCGCCGCGGAGGAAAGGCUGGAGGUAUGGAGCUCGGCGCAGUGGAGCUCCAGAGGCACUCAUCAAGAAAGCAGCCAUCACAAGGAAGACAUCGAGGGGCCACAGUCUGAUCCACCAAGCCACCAUGGCUUAGGGCAGCGCUAAAUACAGCGCUGGGUGACAGCGAUGCUGUGGGAUGGCUGGUGGGGCUGCACAGUCCUGGAUGUAGAUGUGGAGAGGGUGCUCAAACGGAGGUCCCAGAGCGUCUGAAAAUGCCCCUUUCCCCGUUCCCUACAACAGAGGAGAAAGCAAGAUAAGUGCUCACCAUUUCUUCAAUGCACUCCAUAAAAAACCUGCAAAGUAGGUCACUGGCAGAGGAAGGAAUAAAGCAGCGUCUCUGGAGGAGGCAGUGCUGCGGUGGUGGGCCUGGAGGCCGUCCCUGCAGCUGCUGUACCUGUUGGAUGGACAACACGCAGCGCUGAGCUGACCGCUUCUCUGUGGCCAUGAAGCUGAAUGAGCGGAGCGUGGCCCACUACGCCACCUGUGACUCGCCCACCGACCACGCCGGCUUCCUGCGCAAGCGUGUGGAGCGGCACCACCACCACGGCCACCAUGGCACCUCCUACCAGCGCCGAUGGUUCGUCCUCAAGGGCAACCUCCUCUUCUACUUUGAGGAGCGGGAGAGCCGGGAGCCCGUGGGGCUGGUGGUGCUGGAGGGCUGCACCGUGGAGCUCUGUGAGGCUGCCGAGGAAUUUGCCUUUGCCAUCCGCUUCGACGAUGCCGGUGCCAAGGCCUACGUGCUGGUGGCCGACGGGCAAGCCGCCAUGGAGGCCUGGGUGAAGGCACUCUCACGGGCCAGCUUUGACUACAUGCGGCUGGUGGUGCGGGAGCUGGAGAAGCAGCUGGAGGAGGCCUGCACCAACUUGGCUGCGUGCCGCAAGUCACCACGGAGGUCCUCCUCGGGUAGGAAGCGUCACCUCUCCAACCCUGCCCUGCCACCUGUCCAGGAGAAACCGCAUGUCCUGGAGAAUGGGUAUUCCACGUGGGGCAGCGGCCCUGACCGUGAUGGGGGGCACACAAAGCCCCCACCCCUGCCUCCGCGCCGACGCUCAGCCACAGGGUCCUCAGUGCCCGCCUUGCAGGAGAGCCCAGUGUCGCCAGAGACAGCCUGCUUUGCCAAGCUGCACCACUGGUACGGGCAAGAGAUCGCGGUGCUGAGGCAGGAGUGGCAGGAGAGGCAGAAGAGGGGACACCCAUGAGGUGGGGACACAGAGCCAGAGCGGAGCGAGGCACGCUGCUUGCCCCUUCCUUCACCGGCUGCUUCCGUGGAGGAGGGCCUGUGUUGCUCCCCAGGACUCACCAUACCAAUGGGCCUCAUCCUCUUUCCAUGGAUAUGGCCGAGCUCAGUGCCCUGCUGUCCUUACGUGGUGGAUGCUCUGGGCAUUUCAUCACCCACUUUGGUUUUGUUUCUCAGUGUGAAAGUUUGCACAGGUCAGCAUUUAUUAUUGUCUGUGGUGUUGUGCUGAAGUCCUUCUGCCUUUGCUCUUUGGCUGCGGAAAAGAUUAACUCUUGUGAAAUGCCUCCAAUGGGCUGCUGGCCCCAGGGCACCUACAGCUUUAUUCCUGGUUAGCUGCACAUGAGCUUUAUGAGGACACAUCCAAGAUGCCAUGGCUUUGGCUGGCCCAAGAGCCAUGGCUCAUCAUGAUGGGUGCCUGCUUGAUCUGACCAUGCUGCCAGCACAGGCUACACUACCCGGGGCUUCUGGUUAGGUGCCAGAGCUCUGCGGAGCCCCAUGAGCAGCCUCCCCAGCAGGGUGGGGAACAGGGCAGUGUACCAAGCCAUAGCACAGCUGUAUUCACAAACAUCAUCAUUUUUUUAACUUUCAUCUGCCCUAAUGCCUCCUCCCUGCUGCAUCCCUUGGAGUGUCUGUAAAGCAAGGCUUAUGGGGAGGGCAGAAGGAAACCUGGGCUUUGGUCUGAAGAACAGCAAGGAUCACAAGCUCCUCAAGACUUUGAGUACCUAGCAGUAGCCAAGCCCGUGCAUUCCUCUGGCUCAAGUCUGCCCUGUUAAAAAAGAGGAAUGCUAAAGGCUGCCUGCCUUCAUGGUGUGAAUUUAUCAGCCUCUGCACAGACCACAGAAAGUGCCAUAUAGGGCUCUGGCAGCUAGUCAGAUGCUGGAGACAGAGUGCAGAGCUGCGCUUGUGCGAGGCCUUUUCUGAUGUGAUCAUGAUGAUGUAUUUGAGGCACUGUGAGGGGAGCUGGGCAGAGCCACACAGUUGGAGGAGAGGAAGGACAUCAGCAUGCUCCUGAGGAGUGGCUAGCCCUAGGAACACCAGAGGCAAAGGAGUGAGUUAGAGUGGUUUCCCAGCCCCAUGUGCCAGCAGUGUUUGGACUUGCCUUGCUCUAAUAGCCAUAUCAUCUCCUACCAAAGCCAGAUCCUGUCCUGCCGGGACUUCCCUCCAGCUCUGUGUCAGCAUGUGGGACUGACUGCAGGAGCACAUCCUGUAUACUUACCUGCUAGGUCAGAACCCUUAACCAAAGCCGAAGGUACGGUACGCGGUACUGAGCACAGCAGCCCAAGGACUAGAACCCCCUGUAGAGCGUGUUUAUAAAUCUCCUUCCUCGUCCUCUUGGCGAGGGCUGCUUUUCAAAGCAGAAAAACGCACAAAACAACCUUGUGUUUCCCCUCUUUUCUUACAGCAUUAAGCCUGUUUUUAUUGCCCAGUUCUGUAAAGGAGUGAUGCUAGGGAAGCAGCAGGCUGUGCCGUGCCAUUUCGUGGGUACCUGUUUACCUUUCUGGAGCUGAAUGUGCUCUGCCUUACACUCUGCUAUAACCACUAGAGGUUGUCAGAGGCAUAAAUCAAAUGGCUUCCAUUAACUUUUGGUGCCUUUGAAAAUAUCUCUGGUAGUUUUGGAUGACAAUCUUCCUGCCUAGCUAUGGUGUGUUAGCAUAAAUCAGACCUUAAAUCAGGUCUCUGACUUCUACAGUGGGAAUGUAACCUCUACAUACAAAUGGUGCAAUCCAAUAACCUCUAUCUAGUUCUUGUCUGCAUUUUUCCAUAGCAGAGAACUUAAAGGUUGGGAGGAUUUUGUUGUUGUUUUGCUUUUUAAGGGAAAACAGUAAGGAGAGAACAGGAGCAGGAGGGCCAGGAGUGGGUCUGAGUCCUAUCAGGAGUCAUUGGGAUUCCCAACAACAGCAUCAGGAAUGGUGCUACCUCCCCAUUGUGGGAUUUUAGGGCUGGGUCAGAUAUAAAUUGCCUCUUUCUUUCUUUUUUAAUGCAGUACAGAGAGAAUGUUCUCAAUGUCUCAGACUCACAUAAGGCAGUUGGAUGGCAAAGAUUUACCUUCCAAAAGAAAUCAAAAUGUACUGGGAGUCCCUACAUGAGACUCAAGAAUCAGGAGAAAAUUGAAAGAGAAAAUAGAUGAACAAAGCCAGUUCAGUCAGAACUGGACCAGAAACAGCAUUAUUCAUAUACAGGCAGUUUCACUUUUAAGAAGCUUAGUUAAUUUUAAUGAGCCAGGAUUGCGCCAGUAACACUCCUAAGGAGCUUAUAUUUAAUGCCUAAUCUGCCCCAUUCAAACCAGACAAUUUCCACACUACCUGGCUUUGCUUUAGCACAUAUUCCAGCUAAAUCCUAAAUCCUGCAAAUGAGGAGACGGGUUCUCCUUCCUGUCUGACUGCAUUUGGUAUAAUGCCGUUUUAUUCUGCAGCACUGAGAAGAAAACAACAGAAUCAUGCCAAAUAUCUGUGUGUGGCCCAACAGCCAUUUGUUAGGGAUCAUCCAAAAGUGUUUCGGGAUGCGCUUGGUCAGGGCUACCUCUCAGCCCCAUUGCAGAGCAGGGACUGCCCUUUCGGGGCUAAAAAGAGCUUCCCACCUCCUCUUAUUAUUUUUUGAAAAUAGAAAAUGUGUGGCCAGAAGGAUCCUUAGCAAAGGGAGACAGAGUGUUUUAAAGCUGCAUGGCUGCUCUUCUUAAAGUCCUGAAGGGACUUCUGAGGGCUUUCCUUUAAGUAAUAUUGCAAAAGCGAUGGGAAAAAAAAAGCUUGAAUGUGAAUGCUUGAAUUUAAAGUAAUUUGAAGGCCAAAAGCGGGAGCGAGGUUGUGAUUCUGACACGGCUUUGGUACGCUUUGUCAAGAACGGAGCCCAGCCUGUCAAACAAAACAUGCGUACAAUCCUUGCAGCUUUCUGGAGACAGGAUUUCAGCUCAGGCCCACAACAUAUUUCUGUGUGCACAUUUAUGCUUUAUACGACAGCCACUGUGAUGCUUUCUCUUUGCUCUGAAGCCAGGCCCCAGAGAUAAGGCUGAUCCCUGUCUCGCAGUGGCCACCAGCAGCCAGCUGGUGUGCGCUAUGGUUUGGGAUGGCCAAACACCUCGCGGUACCACAGUCACUGUGUUUGUAGAAAGGGGCUGGCUCAGCGCAGGAACCUGAGAGAAACCCCGGCUGAUAGGCGCCGGGGUCCCUGUGGAGCCCCAGUGUCACCUCGCAGCCCACAGGUAACACUACAGGCGGUUCGCCCAAACACCCCUCUCUUGAGGUGCUUCUAUUUUAACUAUAUACCGUGUUCUUCUUUCUAAGGGGCAAGGUUGCGUGAGCCUUUUUUUACAUGCAGAACUUGUGUGUGUUAUUAUACAUUUCAGUUACCGUUUGUAUUUUAUGCUAUCUGGCUGAAUAAAUAAUUUAGUAUUCGUAA